GCUCGCUCGCUCGCGGCCGGAGGAGGAGGAGCGCCGGCAGCUGCGGAAACCACAGCCGCCGCCGCCGCCGCGGGAACCGGCGCCCGAGAAGAGGAACUCCGACCGCUCCCUCCCCCCCCCGGCUGGCAAGAGAAGCUGCCGGGGCUGCUGCCUCGUAACUAUAGCAAUGUCCAAGAAGCCAUUAAAUGGGCAGUGUAGCAAGACUGAGGUGGAAAAUGGGCACCCAAGUGUGUCGCCUCCCCCCCUUGGCACAUCCACGGUUGAGGAGAUGGUCCAGCAGAUGAAAGAGCUCAUUACUGAGAACAAUGAGCUUAAAGAAGCCAUGAGGCAGCGUAAUCAAGCUAUGAAGGAUCGCUUUGAAGAGCUUUCCACGUGGAGAGAGAAGCUGAAGGAAGAGCGGGAGUUCUAUGAAACUAAAUUCAAGGAAGCCAGGCAGUGUUUGGCAACCAAAUGUGUAGAGAAUGAAGCCCUGAAAAAGCAACUCCAGACUCUAGAAGAGAGAGAGGAAGGGUCCACAAAGGGAUGCACGGUUUCCAAAAAGGAGAUGGCCCAGGAGCUAGAGCAGCUGAGGACGCAAGUGGUGAAGCUACAGGCUGAGAAGGCUGAUCUGGUUGCCAUCAUUUCAGAGCUACAGCUUAAACUCAACAUCGGAACUGAGGACUCAUUUGUGGAGAUCAGGAUGCACGAAGGAGAAUUAAACGGAGGUGUGAAAGAAAUUCAAGACCUUCAUGGCAAAACAAUGAGGGAUGCAGCUCCCAGUGUAUCUCUGGAUGAAGCAAAAAAAAAGUUGGAAACCGAAGCGUUGACUGUCAGCCAGCUUCUUCAUUCCCUCAGGAGCGAGAUCCAGAAGAGAGAAGGCUUGGAAAAGGAGCUCCAGGAGCAGAAGGAAAGACUUCUGUUAGAAAAUAAAACUGCAGAGAAAGGCACUCAGACGGAACAGGAGGAGGAGGAAGGAAAAGAGAGAGCAGAAAGCGUGGGUGAUGAAAUAGAGACUCUAAACCUACAAGUGUCUGCCCUGUUCAAAGAACUUCAGGAGACGCAUGCUAAAUUAAAAGAUGCUGAGAUAAUCCAGAAGAAGCUGCAAGAAAAGUGCCAGGCUCUUGAGAGACAGCAGCAUGGCGGAAGUGCUGGAGACUUGGAUGAGAAGCAGCAGCUGCUGUACACCAUUAAGAAGCUGGAGCUUCAAGUGGAGAGCAUGCAGUCGGAAAUCAAGCUGGAGGAAGCCAGAGCAAACGAAGAGCAACAGAAAUUUAACACAUUGCAGGAUGCUUAUAGCAAGCUUGUACCUGAACUGACCAAAGCAAAGCAGACAGUUGAAGAACUAAAAGACAAAGAGGCUGAAAGGGUCAAUAAGGCUACAGCUGAGGAACUUAUUCACAGACUGGCUAUGGCGGAGGAAGCCCUAGCUGCCAAACAGUUCCAGAUAGAUGAAAUGAAGCAGACCAUUGCAAGGCAAGAGGAAGAACUGGAAACCGUGGCUAUCCUCCGAGCUCAGAUGGAGCUCUAUUGUUCUGACUUCCACGCUGAACGAGCAGCACGGGAGAAGAUCCACGAGGAAAAGGAGCAAUUAGCUGCCCAGCUAGCAUACUUGCUGGCAGAGAAGCAAAACCAUGAAGAUCUUGGGAGGAAUAUGCUGGCAGAAAUGCAAACUCGGCACAGACUCCCAUCAGAUCAAGGCCAGCCUCACUUUUCUCAAGGAGGAACAGAAGAUCGGGUUUGGCAGCAGCAACAAAGGAGUGUCCCAAUACAUUCUUGUCCGAAGUGUGGAACAAUUCUUCCUGAUAUGGACACACUUCAGAUUCAUGUCAUGGACUGUAUCAUCUAAGCACUGGCCUCAAGAAUUCUCAAAGAUGAGAAAUGCACUUUUUAAACAGAAUAUGUCAAUUCACACUCCUUAGCAAGGAGCCUGAUUUUUGAAAUUUAAUAGUCUUUUUCUAUUUAUUUCAACAGGAAUUUUUAGGUUUUCAUUUUAUGCCUUGGGUUAGCCAGUUAGCUUUUUAAAAAAAAAAAAAAAAAAAGCUGGCUAAAGCUGAGGAUGCCAACACCAUAA